CUCUGACAAACAGCAGCCGAGACUGGAAAGGACCUUCACGGACACAGACACGAGACGGGGUUUCAAAGAGGCGCAAGCUGACUGUAGAAGGAAUAGCAUCGAAAGAUCUCCAGUGCCAAACUUCACUUCAUCUCAAAGAGAAGAGAGGAUUCAAGUCAGAGGGAAACAUAAUUCUUCUUCCACUGUAAAUGGACACAGUGAAGCUAUCUUAAAGGACAUCAAUUUCAGACUCACCCUGUGUCCUCUGCUGGAUAUUCCCUGACUGUAUAAAGCACCACAGAGAGCCCCACACAGAGAUGGAUGUGGCGGCUGAUCAGCCACGUUGGAUGCACCACCACGCCGUGCUGAACGGGCAGCACCCGGACUCUCACCACCCCGGCUUGGGGCACAACUACAUGGAACCCACGGCGCAACUUCUGCCUCCGGAUGAGGUGGAUGUUUUCUUUAACCACCUGGACUCGGGGAACCCGUACUCUUACAACUCCCCCCGAGCCAGAGUAUCCUACAGCCAAGCGCAUGCUCGUCUUACGGGGACUCAAGUCUGCCGGCCUCCCAUCCUCCACAGCCCGGGCAUUUCGUGGCUGGACGGAGGGAAAGCAGCCCUGUCAGGCCUCCACCACCACCACCACAACGCAUGGGCCGUCAGCCCCUUCAGCAAGCCCAGCUUGCACCACCCGGGCUCUGCGUCCCCCGGUGGCCUCUCCGCAGUCUACCCGUGCAACAGCACAUCAAACACGGUUUCAGCCACCACGCUAACGCCGCCGUCCCACUCCAGCCCUUCCCUGUACACUUUCCCUCCCACACCGCCCAAGGACGUAUCCCCGGAUCCCGGUGCCGUGUCUCCCUCCGCCAGCAGGAUGGACGAGAAGGAAUCUAUCAAAUAUCACGUGUCGUUACCGGAGGGGAUGAAGAUGGAGGGCUCGUCUCCUCUGAGGAGCACCCUGGCCUCCAUGGGUGCUCAGACCCCCUCCACCCACCACCCCAUACCAACCUAUCCCACCUACUCUCUCUCCGCGGCGCACGAGUACGGUGGCAGCCUGUUUCACCACGGCAGCCUGCUUGGAGCUUCACACAGCUUCACACCGAAGCACAAGGGCAAGACACGCACCGGUACCGAGGGCCGUGAGUGUGUGAACUGCGGAGCGACCUCUACCCCCUUGUGGAGACGUGACAGCACAGGACACUACCUGUGUAACGCCUGUGGACUGUACCAUAAGAUGAAUGGCCAGAACAGACCUCUCAUCAAACCCAAACGCAGGCUGUCUGCAGCCAGACGAGCGGGCACCUGUUGUGCUAACUGUCAGACGACUACCACCACGCUCUGGAGGCGCAAUGCAAAUGGAGACCCGGUGUGCAAUGCCUGCGGCCUCUACUACAAACUGCAUAAUGUGAACCGGCCUCUUACCAUGAAAAAGGAAGGAAUACAGACGCGCAACCGAAAAAUGUCAAACAAAUCCAAAAAGAGCAAGCGAUUCAAUGACAGCUACGAGGAGUAUUCUAAAAGCCUGCAUGACAAGAGCUCUCACUUCAGCGCUGCCUCUCUGGCCGGACACAUGUCCAUGGGCCACCUGCCACCAUUCAGCCACACUGGACACAUGCUCCCUACCCCCACCCCCCUACACCCAUCUUUUGGGCACCCGCACCACUCAAACAUGGUUACGGCCAUGGGCUGAGAGUGAGCGGAGAGGUAUUCAAACAUAAGAACGCUGGGGAACUUUCUGUUUGAGAACAGAUGCAUUGUGGGAGGAAAGGACCUGUUUACUCCUUAUCUAUUGGUACCUAUUAUGUUGGAGGAAGACAGAGAGAGACUCUCCUUCCUAUCAGCCGGGCACACACGUACACACAAAUAUGUAAUUGCACCUCGUAGUUCUUUACCACUGCAGUGUGGUUCAUUAUGUGCUCAACAGGUUUAUUAUAACUGUGAAUAUUGUAAAUAUGUAAGUCUGAAGGGGACGUCCCAGACUGAGCCACUUCAGAAGUUAAAAUAUGCUGGAUUUUUUUUUUCUUUGCUUAUGGACAAUUUUAAAGAAAUUUUCACAAAGAAAAAAGCAAACACAAUUUCAGAUUUAUGAUUCCAAAUUUGAUGACACUUUUUAUUAUAAUUAUUGUUAUUAUUAUAAUAAUUAUUAUUGUUAAUAAGAUAAUUUAUUUUCACUGCCUUUUUGUCUUUGACUAUAUCACAUGAUAUUGAUCCUGUUACAACAGUUAAGAAUAUAUUUUUAGCUGAAGCGCUUUCUCUGAGCUGUUCAACAUUUAUACUCACAAGAAAUAAAAAGAUCAACUUCAUUAUCCCUUCUGCUCCUUCUAUUUAAUAUCCAGUAUUUAAUAAAAACAUACUUAUAACAACAACAACAGAUGCAGUAAUUCAUAUGUUGUCUUCUAAUGCAACAUGGUGCCAUGUAGAACUUGAGAAUCAUAACAAUACCUUUCACUAACACAGUUUUAGACAAUCAGUUAAACACAGGCCAAAAAGUUCAGUUACUCCUCUUUGUUUUCUUGUGUAGUUAAAAGAACUGUCUAUGGUUAAUC